GUUGGGGGCACCACCGAGCGCUUGUUUAGCGUCUAGCGUGCGGCGUUGCCAACUGUAUUGACUUAAGCACGAACCAAGACAAAACGUACGCGCGUGGUGUUAAACUUACAGCCGGCAGCUUUUUCAUAAAAGAAAUUGAAAAUCCGUGUGAAUUUGUGUAUUCAAUCGAUUUACAAGAAGUCAAAAAUGUUACAGCUAACGUAGACAUAUCGAGUCUUUGUGAUGAGAUUUUAGACUGUGCGCCAGUGCAAGUGUUUUAUGUGAAAACAUAUCCGUUAUUAAUGUAACGUUAAUCGAUUUUGUGUAGAGGAGAAAGGGAUAUGAAUUUAACGAGUGUCGCUCGAGCUAUAAUAUAGAGUGGUCGAAGCGGCAUAAAGAAAACUGGUUAGCCGAAAGCGGCGAUCGUGAUAUGGGGGAACGGGGCGCGACGGGGGGCGCUUGGGGUGCGCGCGACGAUGCCUCGUGGUGGCCGGGCGGCUCGGGUGAGCUGCAACACCAACAGCAAAUAAACGAGGAGAUAGCCCGAAGCACGGCCGCCGCCACCCAUCAGCUGUACACCUAUAAAAUGACCGGCGGCUUCAAUAACAGCGGGGACAAUCCGACUCCAAGUUUCGACUACCGUCUCAUGACUGGCUCCAAUGCGAGGCAGGAGUCCCCACAGCAGCCUUGGUGGUAUGCCUCAGGCUCGGUGGAGGCUCAGCAAGCCUCCUCAUCGCCUCAGAACCAGUCGAGCCCAGACCCCGAGCAGGGAAAUCAACAGGCUAACGGCUUACAACAAAACCAUCAGGCGUUGCAACAGCAGCAACAACAGCAGCAGCAACAACAACAGCAACAUCAACAGGAGCAACAAAAUCAAGCUAUUCAACAACAGCAAAACCAGUUACAGCAACAGCAACAAACUCUCCAACAAGCACUGCAACAACAGACUCAGACGCUGCAACAAACUUUACAGCGGCAACAAAAUCAACAGACUCUGCAGCAGAUGCUGCAGGAGCAACAGCAGCAGCAACAACAGCAACAGCAGCAGCAGCAGCAACAUCAAAACCUCCACCCGCAAGACCAGCAAAAUGUCCAACAGAGCUUACAGCAGUUACACGUGAGCCAAGCCCACGUGACCGCGCUCGCGCAGGCGCAGGCGGCGCUGCAACAGCAGGUCGUGCAGUCCUUCCAGCAGCAGCAACAGAACCUGCACGAUCAUCUGCAAGCCGUGCAACAGCAACAGCAGAUUCAAGCGGCGUUGCAACGACAAUCUGCCACAUUACAGGAGUUGCAGCAACAGGCGCAGCAGCAGCAGGCGCUGACCCAGACGAAGGCGAGGAUGCCACGCGCCCGCGCAUACAACAAGCCGCGCGGCAGGAUGACCGCGUACGCGUUCUUCGUCCAGACCUGCAGGGAGGAGCACAAGAAGAAACAUCCAGAAGAGAACGUUAUAUUCGCUGCGUUCUCAAAGAAAUGCGCGGAGAGGUGGAAUACAAUGUCGAAGAAAGAGAAGCAACGCUUCCACGACAUGGCUGACCAGGACAAGCAGCGCUACGACCUGGAGAUGCAGAGCUACGUGCCGCCCAAGGACGUGAAGGUGCGCGGCCGCAAGCGACACCAGCCCAAGGAUCCCAACGCGCCUAAGCGAUCGCUGUCUGCGUUCUUCUGGUUCUGCAACGAGGAGAGGUCGAAGGUGAAGGCCAAGUACCCUGACUACACGAUGGGUGACAUAGCCAAGGAGCUGGGCCGGCGCUGGGCAGCCGCAGACCCUGACACCAAGGGCAAGUACGACGCUCUCUCCGAGCAGGACAAGGCCCGCUAUGAUAGGGAGAUGACAGCUUACAAGAAGACAUUAGAACAAGCGCAAGCGCAGCCCGAGGUGCACGAAGAGGUAGAAGAGUACGAGGCCGAAGAAGAAUAUAAAUGUUAAUGUGAUGGAAGGGAAUGCAAAUAAUAAGGCAACCACGUACUUGUUAUUUACCGCACGGAGAAAAAAAACGCAUUAAAAAUAUAUAAUCGUCAUGAACAUAAACAUUUGUUACAUGUGAUUAAUUUCUGUGAUUAGGUAUAGAGGUAUUCAAAUAUGUUGGCAGCUCAGAACAUAGCAUGAAUUGUACAGAAUACAAUUUUAGAUGACUUUGAGCCGUCAAUAUAUUUGGUACUCUAUGUGUGAGCAAUAAAAAAACUUGUUAUAUUUAGCGUUUUUUCCCCGUGCGGUGAAAAAAUGCAGCAGAUCGAAUCGACCUUACUUUGAAUAUUUUUAUAAUUAUUUCACUAAACACAUCUCCUAUAUUCAGUGAUCAUUUUAUAAGUUUUUUAAGUUCCAGUGGUAAUAAAUACUUGAGUCGUCUUUACCUCAACUACCAAUAUGGUAAUCGGUUGUGACAUUUUACCAUUAUUUGUUGUUAAAUUAUAUCAUUUUUACUGUAUUUCUGUAAAUUGAAUAGUUUUUGUUCAAUUAUCAGUCAUUUUCAGGAAGAUUUAUUGAAAAAAAAGUACUUAAAUUUUAAGUCUGGAUUUUUUUCGCUGCUAAUUACUUACGAAUAAUGGAUACUGAUUCUUGUGUAGCUUAGUAUAGAAAGAUUUUUUUAAUAUUUUUAUGAACUCAUAAUUGAAACUUAAUCGAUACUGACUUAAUCAAAGAUAUGGUUCAAUUCUGAUAUUUUUUAAUGAAAUCCAAUGAAAUUAUAUUAAAUGUUUUACCAUUUGCUUAUUUUAACAAAAUCAUUUUUUUUUGUUUUCCAUAGAAAUUGGACCAAAAAACCUAUUGGUUUUCUUAUAAUAAUUUCAAACUAAAAUCUGACUAAAUUUUAUGUACAUUUUUUAUGUAUGUAAUAACUGCUUGCCUAAGCAACAUCAAAAAUCGAAUUGUAUUUGGAUUAUGGAUUAUUUUUGUACUAUUUAGUUUUACCCAGUAUUUCAUUAACAAUUUAUAUAAAAAUAUUUAGAUUAUAUAUAAAUUGAAUCUCGAAUCAAUUAAUACAAAAUAAAUAAACCGUGUGUCCACAUUACAUUAAACAUUCACAUAAAACAUGUUGAGAUCUCAGAUUCUUUUAGAGAAAAGAAAAAUAGCGAUAAUUAUUUUUAUGUGAGUGCUUAAUCGAUGCCAAUGUACGGUAAGGCUCCGUUCACAUUAACCAGGAUGAAAUAUGAUGCCGCAAAUAAAAAUGAGCUGUAUACGAUUGAAACAAAGUUUAAUUUUACUUAGCACGUAUUUUUUUUCAAGUGCAAGCGUAAAAAAUACGCGAAAAGCAUAAUUAAACCUUAUUUCUAUCACGUAAAACUCAAUUUUAUUUGCA